GAGUCUGUUGCGCUGGGAAGUGACCAAACAAGCCCUGGGCAAUGGGACAUUCACAGCUGUAUGUCACUGUCAACUAAAAAGCUCAUCUUUCCAGGCUCCAAAGCUCCGAUGGCCGAUGCCCUCUCCCAGGAAGAAAACGACGACGUUCUGCCGCUGCUCAAAAUCCCAGAAAAAAAACGUUACAGAACAGUUACAAGCAACAACAACUAGACGGCAGAAACCUCUGCGUUUGAGGGUCAACUCAACUCCCUCACCUCCCUUCCACCAUCUUUGACUGAGUCAUUCUCGCUCCCCCCCAAUCCUUCCGAGUCGACUCACUUAUUCUAUUCCCCUACCCUGUUUUCUUCUCUCGUCAUACCGUAUACGCGAAACAUUGUGUCCCGCCUGCAGGUGUUCAAAAGUGUCAACACGUCGUGGUUCAUCUCGUUCCAGCUUCAAUUGCACAGGAUCUGAAUCAAAUUCGCGUUUGUAGUCCGAAAAUACCUAGCUUUGCUAGGGUUUUGAUGCGGUGGUUGUGCCAGGGUUUUUGAAUUUCGUUGUGUUUUGCUGGACACCAGCUUUGUGCGGUUAGGGGUUUACUGUCUGCGAGGAUGAUGGUGUCGAGGGGAUUGUUUGGGUGGUCGCCGCCACACAUUCAGCCGUUGACUCCUGUGUCGGAGGUUUCGGAGCCGCCGGAGUCACCCUCCCCGUACAUGGACAAUGGCGCAGACGUGCUUCCGCCUGAGAUGGAGGAGGAGAUUGAGGACGAGAAUGAGGAGAUGGAGCCGCCGCCUGCUGCUGUGCCUUUCUCUAAGUUGUUUAUUUGCGCUGAUCGCCUGGAUUGGUUUCUCAUGGCGGUUGGAUCACUAGCGGCAGCUGCCCAUGGCACUGCCCUGGUACUUUACUUGCAUUACUUUGCUAAAAUUAUUCAGUUACUUAGGCACAGCUCGGAGCCCCCGGAUAAGUUGUUCGACAGAUUCAAUGAGCUUGCUUUGACCAUUGUUUAUAUUGCUGCUGGUGUUUUUGCUGCUGGUUGGAUUGAGGUAUCGUGCUGGAUUCUUACCGGAGAGCGGCAGACUGCUGUAAUAAGAUCAAAAUAUGUUGAAGUUUUACUGAAUCAAGAUAUGAGUUUCUUUGAUACCUAUGGAAAUAAUGGAGAUAUUGUCAGCCAAGUGUUGAGUGACGUUCUUCUUAUUCAGUCAGCUCUUAGUGAAAAAGUGGGGAACUAUAUCCACAAUAUGGCUACAUUUUUCAGUGGUCUUGUGAUUGGAUUUGUUAACUGUUGGCAAAUUGCUCUCAUAACUUUAGCCACUGGCCCAUUCAUUGUAGCAGCAGGAGGAGUAUCAAAUAUAUUUUUACAUAGACUCGCGGAGAACAUCCAAGAUGCAUAUGCUGAAGCUGCUAGUAUUGCAGAACAGAGCAGGAUCACUUUUUCCCGCCCAUCUCGCAUCAAUUUCACCCCCUUUGAAACAAUGGCGGCGGCGGCGGCGGCCGGACCAUCCGGGAGCCUGAAGCUCCUCAUCGACAAGACUGCCGGCAAGGUCGUUUUCGCGGAAGUGGAGAAACCUUUCGUGGAUUUCUUGUUCCACCUCAUGUCGUUGCCGCUAGGCACGGUAAUCAAACUCGUUACCCAGAAAUCCAUGGUCGGCGCCCUCGGCAAUCUCUACGGCAGCAUCGCCGAAAUUAGCGACACUUACCUGCAGCCCGGCACGGAAAAAGAUGUCUUCUUGAACCCCAAAGUUCAGAUCCUCUCUCGCGAAGUUCCACUCCUCCUGCCGGCGGCCGAAGGCGAUUCUGACACCAAGAAGCUUUACCUCUGCAGCGGCAUCAGCGGCAACCACUGCCGCUACUUUACAAGUUAUUCCCAUGACCCGACGGCUAAAUGUCCCAGUUGUGGCCGGUCCAUGAGCUUCGAGAUGGCUUUGUUUGCCCCGGAGAAGGUGGCGGGGUCUUCUUCCUCUGGCGGCGAAGGGGGCGGUUUUGUGAGGGGGGUGCUGAGUUAUAUGGUGAUGGAUGACUUGAGGGUGAUGCCGCAGUCGACAAUUUGUGCCAUUACCACACUGAAUGAGUGCAAAGUGAAGGACUUUGGGUCUCUUGAUGUGAAGGUUGUUCAAUUUGAAGCUGAUGUGGGACUGAAGUUGUUGAAGGCGGCAUUACAAACUGAUGCAGUUCUCACAACUGUCUUCCUUGGCAAAAGUGUUGAAGGAAAGAUCGAAAUUGGUGGCGAUUAGAAAUAGCAGUGACUUAGCUACUUCUACCACCCCCCCCACUCCGGAUUUUUUUUAUGUAGUGAGAUUUUGAUGUUUCUUCGAGGCUCUGAGUUGAGAAAUAAUACUUGUUGGUUUGCAAUUGACACCAUGUUGAUUGCAUAAAUUACAUCUGCUUUA